GGCGCGCGUGGGAUGACGGAGCCUAUGUAUGGGGUGGCUACGGCGGGGACGCGACUCGACUGCGUGCAGAUCGAUGGCCUUGUCGUCCUUAAGAUCAUCAAGCACUGCAGGGACGAAGGAAACCCCAGCGUUAUGAUCUCAGGUCAGCUACUCGGGAUGGACAUCACGUUGGAAGGAACCACCACCCUUGAGGUGACGUCAUGCUUCCCGAUGCCGCACUCGAGCGAAGAGGAUCAGUCGGGUGAAGAGAUGGAAAGUUAUGCUACAGAGAUGCUCAGAUGCAUGCGCGAGGUGAAUGUUGACAACAAUACUGUAGGCUGGUACCAGUCCUCUUACAUGAACUCAUGGCUCGACCCUGAACGCCCCACCGUCGCAACGCAGUUCCAGUUCCAGGAUACCGUUCCCAAAUCUGUGUGUCUCGUUUACGACCCUGUGAGAACAAGCACUGGAAGCGUUCAUCUCAAGGCGUACAGGCUUACUGACCGCUUCAUGGCAAAGUACAAGCAGCACCUUGAAAGCAACGAACAUGGGUUCACCGAACAGGACAUCCGACCAAAGUUCGAUUACAGCGGCAAGUGCCUGGAUGAGGGCGUAACAAUUGAAGACAUCUUCGAAGAAGUUCCGAUUCGUAUCCACAACAGCACCCUUGUUAAUGCCAUGCUUUAUGACUGGGCAUGUGAGGGCACCAUGGGCGCUAAGAUGCAUUGCGACUUUGAGAGGCUCGAUCUGUCUACUCGUCCAUUCCUGGAAAAGAGCAUGGAGCUCAUGCUGGAUGGCAUCGAGAACCUCCGUCAAGACCAGGAGCGAAGCGAGUACCGCAAGAGAGAUGCGGAGCGCAAGAGGAAAGAUUAUCGCAGAAACGCGCGCGAAGAGCCCUCCAAGGACGAGCUGAUGAAGUUGUUCCCGGAUCCCUCUCGCCUCGAGGGGCUGCUCAUCGCCAACCAGGUGUCGAGUUACUGCAACUCCGUCGCAAACUUCUCAGGAUUGAGCUUCAACAAACUUUACCUCAUCAAGGAGCUGCAAGAGAAUCCCAAGUAGCUGUGAGGGCGUCUGAGAGAUUCUCUGCCGGCUCUGGGAGAUUUCUUCAUCCAGAUGUAUUUCAAUGUUCAUGCGAAUGCUCUAUAGCGUGCGAUCACAAUAAACUGAGAAUCGGA